AGAGGGACCCCGGGGAGGGCAGGACUGCCGGAGAUCCCUUUUCUUUCACAUGUCACCAGCGAGGGCAGGAGGUCAGGGCUGUCUGUUGCUGCCCAUACUUCUCUGCGGGAUCUUAAGAGUCUGGGGGAGAAAAGAUGCUCUCUAGAGGUCACCCAGUCCAUCCCUCUGCCAUCGGGCUGCCCGACACGUCUAGGGUUUUGCUGCAAAAGGGUGACCCAGGGAAGUCUUUUAGACUCCCGCGCUCCGGGUGUUUCACACUCACCGCAGUGCAGAGGAAAGAGCCUGGGACUUCUUGGAGGCUUGGGUUCUAGCCCCGGAUAAUUAGCAGUUUGACCUUGGGCGAAGUAGUUCGUCUCUGGGGCUUCAGUUUCCUCUUCUUUAAAAUGAGGGGAUGGAGUUGACUAUCUGUAAGCUCCCUUCCAAUGCUAGCAUUCUGUAGUUUUAAAUCUUUUCCCGGAUUUCUUUCAUACGUUUCAUGUGAGUCCCACUGCAGUCCUUCCCAUCCUGUCGUCUGAGAUGAAGAACAGCAAUGCUUGCCCUCCUGGCACCAGGGUGAUGAGCCCGCAGUGACGUGGAAGUGGCUUCCAAAGGGAUUCUCUCAGGAGCCGCGGCUAACAAGGCUUCCCAGAACCGGACUCGGGCACUGCAAAGCCACAGCUCCUCAGAGUGCAAGGAGGAACCUGAGCCCCUGUCCCCUGAGUUGGAAUACAUUCCCAGAAAGAGGGGCAAGAAUCCCAUGAAAGCAGUGGGACUAGCCUGGUACAGCCUGUACACCCGCACCUGGCUUGGGUACCUCUUCUACCGGCAGCAGCUGCGCAGGGCUCGGAAUCGCUACCCCAAAGGCCAUUCCAAAGCCCAGCCCCGCCUCUUCAAUGGAGUGAAGGUGCUUCCCAUCCCCGUCCUCUCAGACAACUACAGCUACCUCAUCAUAGACACCCAGGCCCGUCUGGCUGUGGCUGUGGACCCUUCAGACCCUCGGGCUGUGCAGGCUUCCAUUGAAAAGGAAGGUGUCACCUUGGUUGCCAUUCUCUGCACCCACAAGCACUGGGACCACAGUGGAGGAAACCGCGACCUCAGCAGAUGGCACCGGGACUGUCGGGUGUAUGGGAGCCCUCAGGACGGCAUCCCCUACCUCACCCAUCCCCUGUGUCAUCAAGAUGUGGUCAGCGUGGGACGGCUUCAGAUCCGGGCUCUGGCCACCCCUGGCCAUACACAAGGCCAUCUAGUCUACCUACUGGAUGGGGAGCCUUACAAGGGUCCCUCCUGUCUCUUCUCAGGGGACCUGCUAUUCCUCUCUGGCUGUGGACGAACCUUUGAGGGCACUGCAGAGACCAUGCUAAGCUCACUGGACACUGUGCUGGGGCUGGGGGAUGACACCUUGCUGUGGCCUGGUCAUGAGUACGCAGAAGAGAACUUGGGGUUUGCAGGCGUGGUGGAGCCCGAGAACCUGGCCCGAGAGAGGAAGAUGCAGUGGGUGCAGAGGCAGCGGAUGGAGCGCAAAAGCACGUGUCCAUCCACCCUGGGAGAGGAGCGUUCCUACAACCCAUUUCUGAGGACCCACUGCCUGGCACUGCAGGAGGCUCUGGGGCCAGGCCCAGACCCCACUGGGGAUGAUGGCUGCUCCCGGGCCCAGCUUCUGGAAGAGCUCCGCCGACUGAAGGACAUGCACAAGAGCAAGUGAUGCCCCCAGCCCAGCCCUGCCCCACAGUGGGGAGGCCGCCCAUCACCUGCACCUCACCGUUCUUCUCAUUGCUAACACUACCACCUCCAUCAGCACCCACAGUGGCCAUCAUUCCUCCGCUGGUCACAGGGAGGGGAGGGACAAGGUGAUGAGACCUCGAGACUGAGAGGAAAGUGCUGGUCGGAGGCUCAAAGACCCCACAGAGUGAGGCUGAGCCAUCAAGUGCAAGAGGAUAGGAGGGGCCUCAGUACAUGUCCAGAGCCCACUGACUGGGAGGGUCCAGCCGGACACGAGGCUGCUUUCAGCAGUUCCCUUAGAUGCCUCAACUUGCUGGAGUCCCAGAAACCCCCAGGGCAGCAGGAGCUAAGCCCAGGCUGAAUCUGCUCUCCUCCUUCUUCAACCAGGGUUGGGAAAGAAACUCAGCCCCUCGGAGUGGCCUAAGGUAUGGUGCCUUGGAAAAGUGGGCACUUAAAGGGGUGACCAGACUUCCUGAGACUCUGCCCCUCCUUCCCAUGCCUCUGCCCCCACCCCACCCCUGCAAGGGCAUUUUUCACACAGAGCCAUUCCUAAGAACACUGAAAGGGCUGCAAGUCUGGCAGUCUGGCCAAUCUCUGCCUCAGUGGCCCCCCUACAGCCUGGAAGAGGGAUAGUCCUGGUUACCAAGGAAAUCUCCAUUCCAGGUUGAGGAGACACCAGAGCUGGAUCUGGAGUCCAGCAGUCUUGCAGGUCACACGCUCUCCCUGCACAUCUGGCCUGGUCCUGCCCAUAGGCCUCUGCCCCUGCUCUGGGUCAAAAAGGCCCCUCCUUCCCAUGAGAGAGAGAGCCAUGGUCUGAGACCAUCUGCCACGGCCACUGCAGUUUUCUCAUUUUGACCCUUGUUUUCAGCCCUUCUGCCUGCCUUCUUCUAUAUAGGUUAAUCUCUUCUGCUUAUCUUAAGCCUCUUUCUUCUCUGAGUUAGUUACAAGAUUUAUUUUGUAACCCUGAUACUCAUCCGGCUCUGUGCAGUUUGCUGAGAGCAUUCCCAUGUGAUUUUGCAUUUGUCCUUGGCCCCAUCUUGGCUAGGAGGAGGCUCUGUGCAGCAAAGCGCAGAAAUCAGCAGUGUGCCAGCAGGGAGCUCGAGCAUGUGGCUGCUCUGGGACUCCAGGCCUGGGCCCUUCCCCUCUGCUCACCUUCCCCCCAGCUCUAUUCUCCUCUGGUCUCAGGUUCAGGUCCCUUUGGGGACACAGUGAGGAACCCUGUGGUUCUUAAGCAGGCAUACCAUGGCUCAGCCAGGAGCCAUCUCUUCCUGUGUCGAAGCAAGCAUUCCCUUGGGCUCCGCUUGCCUCUUGUGACCCUCCAAGAUGCCCCCUGCCUUUGGUUUCCCUCAUCAUGAGGCCUCUGUCACUCUUUCCAGCCGUAGCCUCUGGUACACUCUAGCAAUACCACCAGACUAGUAGAGUUCCCCAGCCUCAAGACAUGCAAUUUCAUGCCUCUGUGCCUUCACUCAUGCUAUUUCUCCAGACUGGAAUGCCUUCCCCUGCUCCUCCUGCCUUGUCUGCCUAGCAAACACCUGUUCAUUUCUCAUGAUCCCCUCAAAGGCCCCCUUCUCCAGGAAGGCAACACCCCUGCCCCUCCCUUCAAAGUGCUACCUCUGCACUUUGCAAAUGCUUCUCUUAUGGCACUAAACACACUGUAUUUUACUUGUUUACAUGUUUGUCUCCCCUUCUAGACUGUGAAUCCUUAAGGGCAUGGACUGCAUCUUAUGCAUCUCUGUACUUCUGCGCCUAGCACGGUGCCUGGCACAUAGUAGGCGCUCAAUAAAUGUUGAAUGAAUGAAUGAUUUAAA